GUCUCUGUCUCUCUGUCUCUGUCUGAGCUCAGAUGUCUCCCGCUUUCACCAGAAACUCCCACCGGGACCCUCGUUAUCAGCUUCACGCGCUUUAAACGCUUUAACUACGCGCUGCAGGAACAUGACAAACCGCGUCAGCGUCGCGCUUUUGCGUUUAAACUGCGUUUUCCUUCUGGCUGCGAGCCACGUCGAGAGCUCUGAAGCGGACUACCUCUUUCCAGACACAGAGCAAGAGCUCUUCAUCAAACAGCACUCUGAGAUUUACAUUGAUCACCCUGAAAAAGUGCACAAGGAUGGAACAUUUCUCUCACACACUUUAUCACACCACUUCACCGACAGGCGACACAAGAGACACCUGAGUCCUGCAGAGACACGGGUGUAUUACAAACUCAAAUACAAAGAUCGGGAAUUAACUCUCAAUCUAACCACCAACAUCAAUCUGCUGUCCCGGGAUUAUGUGUUGGAGAGACGGAACAGCAGUUUAAUGGAGAAGCGGACACAAACGUCUGGGAAAGACACCUGUCACCUGAUGGGCACCGUAACGCAUGACAACAUGAGCGGGACGGCCGCCGUCAGCACCUGUGAGGGACUGAGAGGGCUGUUAAAUCUACCUGACGGGCCGUUGUUGAUCGAGCCCAUCCGUGGCCACGUUCCAAACGUCACUCAUCCACAACAGCCGCACGUGAUCUACCGGAGCUCAGCCUGGGGCGGACUCAGACGCCGGCGCAGCACAGAUGAACACAGAGUUCAGCACAGUCCCUGCGGGGUCAAAGAUGGUGCAGGGUAUUCCCAACAGGUGGAUCAGGAGAGAGAGCGCUGGGAGCGGGAGCAGCGCCAGCAGGGUGGGGAUGGUAACCGUGAUCCAGAUCAAGAAUGGGAACGGCCACGGCGGGUCUCUCGGCGCUCCAUCAGCAAAGAGCGCUGGGUGGAGACCAUUGUGGUGGGCGACUCCAAACUCAUGGACUACCACGGGAGUGGGAACGUUGAGUCGUACAUCUUCACCAUCAUGAACAUGGUGGCUGGAAUUUUUCAUGACGCUAGCAUUGGAAAUGCCAUCCAUAUUGUGUUAGUUCGACUCAUUUUGCUACAUGGAGAUGAGAAGGGACUGAAGAUUGUUCAUCAUGCCGAUACGACUCUCACCAGCUUCUGUACCUGGCAAAAAAACAUCAACCCUCAAAGUGAAACACAUCCUGCACACCAUGAUGUUGCUGUACUCAUCACACGGAAGGAUAUCUGCGCAGGCAUGAAUCAACCCUGCGAGACGCUGGGACUGUCUCACCUGUCUGGCAUGUGUCAGCCGCACCGCUCCUGCAACAUCAAUGAGGAUUCAGGGCUACCUGUUGCCUUCACCAUCGCCCAUGAGCUCGGACACAGUUUUGGAAUCCCUCAUGAUGGCCAAGGCAAUGAUUGUGAGCUGGUGGGGAAACAACCCUUCAUCAUGUCACGCCAGCUCCACUACGACUCCUCUCCUCUCACCUGGUCCUCCUGCAGCAAGGAGUACAUAACACGCUUUCUGGAUCGUGGUUGGGGUUUUUGUCUGGAUGAUCGCCCGUCUAAGAGAGACCUGACCACGCCGGUGUCGGCACCUGGAGUGAGAUACUCGCCCAAGCACCAGUGUCAGCUGCAGUACGGCCCCAACGCGACCUUCUGCUCAGAAGUGGAUAACGUGUGUCAAAUUCUCUGGUGCUCGGUGAAUGGAUCGUGUCGCUCCAAACUGGACUCACCUAUAGACGGAACCAGAUGUGGACCUGAGAAGUGGUGUAUCUCUGGUGAGUGUGUCAUUGUGGGGAAGUUACCGCAAACAGUGAAUGGAGGAUGGGGACCCUGGAGCACAUGGUCUCACUGCUCACGUACCUGCGGAGCUGGCGUCCAAUCAGCAGACAGAGAAUGCAACCAACCCAAGCCUGAGUUUGGAGGGAAGUACUGUACAGGCGAGCGGAAGCGCUACAUGAUUUGCAACACAAAGCCGUGUGUCCGACAGCAUCCGUCCUUCAGAGAAAUGCAGUGUAGUGAAUUUAACACAGUGCCUUAUCACAAUGAACUCUAUGAGUGGAUACCUGUCGCCAGCACCUCUCGUCCCUGUGAGCUGCAGUGUAAACCUGCGGAUGAAGAUUUCUCGGAGAAGAUGUUGGAUGCGGUCACAGACGGCACACCCUGCUUCAUGAACAACAGCAGCAGGAACAUCUGUAUCAAUGGUGUGUGCAAGGAGGUGGGAUGUGAUUUUGGCAUCCAUUCGAAUGCUAAAGAGGACAGCUGUGGUGUAUGUCUUGGCGAUGGAUCCGCCUGCGAAACCGUGAAGCAGACCUUUGUGGGACAAGAUGGAUUUGGUUAUAUGGACCUGGUUUUCAUACCAGAGGGAGCUCGGGAUAUCUUCAUACGGGAGGUGGAAGAGGCUGGGAAUUUUCUGGCGAUCCGAGACGCCGAUUCGGAGGAGUAUUACCUCAACGGGAAUUACAUCAUUCAGUGGAAUGGAGAGUAUGAGGCAGGUGGUACAAAGUUUUACUACAACCGCAGUGGCAACAUGGAGAAUCUGACCUCGGAAGGACCAACGACCAGACCCGUCAUGAUUCAGCUGUUGUUUCAAGAGCUCAACCCCGGUGUAAAGUACGAGUACACCAUCAAGAGAAGUCACCCACUUGGAAAUGAAAUUCUUGAACCCGAGUACACCUGGAAGCCUGGAGCCUGGUCCGACUGCAGCGCCACCUGUGGGUUUGGUGUACAGCAUCAACCCGUGCGCUGUUUCGAGGCAGAAGUGGGCGUGGUCGAGGAAACGCUCUGUGACCCCGUGACGCGUCCUGACGACAGACAUCGCAAAUGUAAAAACAUGGAUUGUCCUGCCAGGUGGUGGGUUGGCGGAUGGCAGGCGUGUUCGGCUACAUGCGGCCCGGGCGGAGUGAGAAAGCGCACAGUUCUGUGUGUGCGUCCGGUUGCUGGAGAGGAGCGUGUUCUACACCCCGGAGACUGCAGACAGAUGCUCAAACCCAAACCCGUGGUACCUUGUAACCGAGACGUGCCGUGCGGGUCAGAAUGGGUGGUGGGGAACUGGACGGAGUGCUCUCUGUCCUGUGAAGGAGGCGUCAAGACCAGAAUCGUCAAGUGUGUCGCCAAGCGGCCGGGUCAGUGCGAUCCCGCCAAUCGACCGCGCUCCACGAUCCUGUGUAACCUCCAGAGCUGCUCAUCGGAUAACAAAUGGACCGGCUCCCCCUUCCGACCUCGAUUGCGUCCAAGAGUCCCUCCAAAAAUCUCAACCACUCCACCAAACCCCACCACCGUCACCGACUAUACAACGCAAACCAGCACUCCACUAACAGCCACAACCGCGUCUGACCUUAUCCACGAGGAGGAUCAAGGCUUUAUUUUGGUUAAGGAGGACACGGGUGGCCGUGAGAAAGUUCCCGCAGAGGAAGAGGAAGGUAGCACAGACCUUCAGACGCCUGACAAAACAUACACACCCGGUUAUGAUUACAUAGUGGGAGAGGAGGAACGAGAGGAUGAUGUCAUCCCUACAAGAACGCCAUCAUAUGUCCAAACAACCGCUGGAACGUCUCUCCACGCGAGUCACCCGAUGACUGUUACAUCACCAGUGCACGCUAACGUCCACACGACAAAACAAGUGCCCAAAACACAUCAAACCUCUGUAACCCCAGUGUUAAGUUCUUCCACUUUGAAGUGGGAAUCAAGCUCAAAACUACACUCGACGGCGCCACACGUCACAGGUGAGAGAGAACGAGAGGCCGUCCAUACAGUGAAGAUACUGAGACAAACCUCGAACACCACGAGACAAGUGCCUAAAGCGGUCAAGCAGAGGGCAGAAACGGUCAACAGCACCGGGGAUUAUGGGAACCUGAAUGCACCAGAUCCCGUGAGGAGAAAUGCAUUCUGGGAAGUGGGCAACUGGAGUGACUGCUCUGCCACGUGUGGUGUGGGUGCGAUGUGGCGGUCUGUAUUCUGCGGUUCAGAGCGAGAUGAAGAUUGUGCCAGCGUGAAGAAACCAGAACCUGCUCAACGGUGCUGCCUGCGGCCGUGUGCCAUCUGGAGGACUGGAAAGUGGAGCAAGUGUCCUGAAGGAUGUGUCAGUGAUGUGAAGCAUCGUGACGUGCAGUGCAUCGACACACAGAGCGGACGUCCUCUGAGGCCGUUUCAUUGUCAGGCGCUGUCAUACAAACCGUCCAGCAGCGCCCCCUGUAACACUCAGGCCUGUCUACAGUGGAAGAUGUCACCCUGGGGCGAGUGUUCUGAAAGCUGUGGUCAGGGAUGGAGGAAGAGGCUCGUGUAUUGUUCCGAGUAUCAUCGCUGUAACAUCACCAUCAAACCCGACAGCACAGAACCGUGUCAUCUGCAGCCCUGUACCCGCUGGCUGUCUGACACCUGGAGCCCGUGCUCCAGGAGCUGUGGUGGAGGACUUCAGAAGCGUGUCGUGAAGUGUGUAAACCAGGAGACCGGAGAAGAAGAGAAAACAUCACUGUGUGCACGGAAUACACAACCAGACAGCGUUGAGACCUGCAAUACAGACCGCUGCAAAACUGAGCCAGGGCCGGUUUGUAAGAAGAACAGCAUGUCAGCACGUUUCUGUGAGAAACUCAAGUUGCUGGGUCGAUGUUCUCUGCGUUCUAUCCUCAAGCAGUGUUGCGUCACAUGUAUGAUGUAAUGCGGAGGUCACGGCUCGUUGACCCAAAGCUGAAACUACUGGGCACGCUGCCACACGGGUUCACGGUAUCCCACAAACACAGACCUUCCACUCCAAUAUAUAUCAUUUUUAUACUUGAACGUGAGAAUACUGCGCGAGUGAAUCUGUCACAGGUCUAUAGUGAUUUCAGCUCAGAUGAACACAAAAUAACACAGAUUUCCACUCAAAAUCAGCACAGAAAAUGACAAAUUAUGUCCGCCUAUAUGUUCUUCUCGGCACUUUUUUGUAUGCGUUAUCUGAAUACAAUCACUUGGUUUACCAGUCAGGAACUGUCAGUUUACCAAGAAAAGCAAACAAAAAAAGACACAACAAUCUGUUAUAGAAAAAACGCACAGACUGAUGUUCAAGUUAUUCAUUACAAACAUCAUUGUCGGACUGAAACCGCGUCUAACGUCAAUGACGCACAGCGCACGUACAUUAUGCUUAUUACACACAGAGGGACGCGCAGCAGCACACAAACAUGCCAAAUAUUAAAAAUAAAAGGAUUACAAUGUAAAAGAUUAUUAUCGUGCACAUAAAGAUAAAAAGGUGCGUUUCCUUUUCGGAGAAGCGUUCAGUAUUUGCUCUUGCAAAUUCCACCGUGAGAAUAGGGACAACCCAUUAAGACCAUUUUUCCAUCCUUAAACUAGCAAAAGUGGAUUCGGACACACCCUAAGUGCACUUGCGCCCUGCGCUUUAGACCAUGUGCUUAGAACGUUAAAAUAGGGCCCUAUGAGUAAAUUUACCUAAGUUUUGGUUUCAUUGAAGUUUGGUUGUAUUUAAAUGUACUGAUCUUAAAAGAUUGGGAACUACCAACAUUUCACUUAAAAGAACAUUUGUUAUAGUCUUAGAAUUUUGAGAAGUUUACGUUUUCCAUGUUUAAUUUGGAGCAAUCUUGGAGAAAUAACAUUUUUUUACUGAUUUCAAACUGUUUUAAAAUAUAUAUUUCUGUCUCAUCACGUUCCUUCUGUGAAUACUCUCAGACAGGACUGCGUCUUUUUCUUUACAUAGACAUCUGUCAGUUUGGUGUUUGCGUUUUUAAUCUUUAUUCAUUAAUGUACACAAAAGAGAAGUUAAAGACUGUGAAGUGUUAUGCAUUAUUACAAUAACGGUGACUUUUUCUCUAACCCUAACUAUUGCAUGUUUAUCUAAUUACCUUAAACCAAUUCCAUGAACGCUAUGUGUUAACGGUGCUCCAAAGAGUUUUACUCAACUCUUCUAUUAUAUUAUUAAUGCAAAACAAAUGUUUUAUUGACCACUUAACCGAACACAAACACAUACAGUACUGUAUGAAAUCCUUUCUCAGGAUAUGUGUAUUAACGGAUGUCUGCACUGUAUUUGUGGUGUUUUGUUGUGUAUAUUGUAUUUGUGUGCUUCAUGAGAACCUCGUGGUGCUUUGUGUUUCAUCAUCUGGUGCUAACAAGAUCACUGGGGACGGAGGAGUUGCAGGUUCAAUCCUCUUCAGCUUUUAUAAGAACAUGUCUGAAUGUUUUGUACUGAACGUGCUUCAUGUCUAAUAAACACAGUCAUGAUGU